AGGCGCCAAGUCCUGCCACAAACUAGAAGCUCCAGCAGCUGCAAGACUAUUAACAGAGGACUUUGUACCAAAGUGAGAAAGACAGAGAGCGUGUGUGAGAGAGAUAGAGAUAGAGAGAUAGAGAGAGAGCCACGCGUGGACUUGUCGUGUAUGUUCCUGCGAGAAGAGCCUCCCAGCAUGAGCGCGGCACAGGUCUACGAGAAGAAGUUCGCCUGCACUUUGACCGACCUUCCGGGAUCUAUGAGCUGCCAUCCGACCUCCAAGGACUCCCCGACCCUGCCCGAGUCCUCGGUGACGGACAUGGGCUACUACAGCGCGGGGGGCCAGACGGUGCACCACGGCCACCACCACGAAUACUACCAGGGCCAAGCCUACGGACAGGCCAUGAACUCUUAUCACCACCAGUUCAACCUGGGCGGCAUGGGAGCUGCUGGGAUGUAUGCUACGAAAUCAGAGUACCCUUACACGAACAACUACAGACAAUAUGGACAUUACAGCAGAGAUCACCUGCAGGCGUCGCCUCCCCACUCAGUAAAAGAGGAACCAGAGCCAGAGGUUCGCAUGGUGAAUGGCAAGCCCAAAAAGAUCCGCAAGCCCCGGACUAUCUACUCCAGCUACCAGCUGGCUGCGCUGCAAAGACGCUUCCAGAAGGCGCAGUACCUUGCUUUGCCCGAGAGAGCCGAACUCGCGGCCCAACUCGGCCUGACCCAAACACAGGUUAAAAUUUGGUUCCAGAACCGGCGGUCCAAGUUCAAGAAGCUGUACAAAAACGGCGAGGUCCCCCUGGAUCACAGCCCCAACGCCAGCGACUCCAUGGCCUGCAACUCUCCGCCUUCCCCCGCGGUGUGGGACAACAGCACGCCGCAAAACACCCCCCUCAGUCGGCCUCAAGCGCCGCCACCGACGCACAGCUCGUCGCCGCCUUACAUGGACGAUUACAACAACCACUGGUACCAGCAGGGAUCCCACCUACAGCACCACUCGGUACCGCCACAGAGCGUGGGGGCUGUUUAUUAACAAGAACUAUUUUUUUUUUUUUUUUUUUUUUUUUUAAA